UCCGAUUAGAGCGACUCGCGUCACUCACGCUUGGUAUCAAGUUCGGUUGCACUGCGGCGCGGUUGUUGAUGUCGCUGUCAGGAGUCACCGCCGCGGCGUACAGCUCUUAAGCAGCGGGAGACCAUGCAGUUCCUGGGCCGCCUGCUGGACACCGUGUCCUCGGUGUCGACCCUCUUCACCAACCCGUACCGCGUCAGAGACGUGCCGCUGUCCGACUACGGCGGGGCGAGCAAGGUGCUGCUGAAGGAGGACGGACGCUUGGUCCUGUACAGAAACACCCAGUCCUGGGACUGUCUGCUCAUGUGCCCCGAAACGCCCAACGUGACCCUGAGGCUCUUCCAGGUGGCGUCGGAAGUGGACGCCAUGAACUUGUUCCCCCAGUACGCCCUGAAGCUCCGCCCCUUCUACGAGACACUGUCCCUGAAGGCAGAAACCGUGCAGCCGAUCGCCGACUGCAUCCGCAACCACCAGGACUGGAGCUCCGCCCACAUCGCCGUGGAGACGGGCCUGAGAGAGUGCCUCAAGCAUAACUACGUCCAGAGUCAGAUAAACGCUCGGGACGCCGCCGGUCAGACGCCGCUGCACCUGGCGUGCGAGCGCGGCGACGCGGCGUGCGUGAGGCAGCUGCUGGAGGAAAGCCAGGCGCGCACCGACAUCAGAGACCAGCACGGGGACACGCCGAUGCACUGCGCCGCCAAGCAGGACGCGCCCGCCGUCAUCCAGGUCCUGUGCUCGCGGCUGUGCUCGGGGGUGAACGAGCUGAACAACAACGGGGAGACGCCGCUCCACGUGGCGUGCCGGCUGGGCCGCGUGGAGUCCGUAAAAGCCCUGCUGGGGGGUGGGGCCAAGUGCGGCGUCAUCGGCGGCACGGGCUACGCCAUCCACAGCGCCAUGAAGUACAGCGAGAAGGGCUGUGUGGAGGAGAUCCUCCAAGCGGACCCGGGUCAGAUUCACGCCGUGGACUCUCUGUACGGGGGGACGCCGCUCCACUGGGCCAAGACGUCCGAGAUGUGCCGCCUGCUGCUGGCACACGGCUGUGCGGUGAACUACCUCAGUAAGACGGGGGAGAGCGCCCUGCACAUCCUCACCAGGAGGGGGCGCUUCGAGGCGGCGAUGGUGCUGCUGACCCACGGGGCCAACGCCAACCUCAAGGGCCAGGACGGUAACACGGCCCUGCACCUCGCCAUGAAGAUGGACCACAUGGAGCUGAUUAAGGCUCUGAUCGUGUUCGGCGCCGACGUGGAGAUCCACAACGACCUUGGAGAGACGCCCGGACUCAUCGCUGCUCGCACCAGCAAAGGUCCAAAUAGAAAGAUACUGCUCGACAUGCUGUGUAGCGUAGGGGUCCAGCGUUGCCUCCCUCCCUCCCCCGGCAGUCCUCCCCCCGUCUCCACCAAGGCCAAGCCUGCAGGCAUAGGGUUUCAGGAUGUCCUGUACGCGGGGGCUGCGUUCGGUGCAAUAAGCAGAGGCGCGUCCGUGGUGGACGGCGCCAAGAUGGCCGACAGGAAGAUGGACCGCAUGCUGUGUCUGGACGGUGGAGGCAUCAAAGGCCUGGUGUUGAUCCAGAUGUUGAUCGCUCUGGAGCGGGAGGCCGGUCGGCCCACCAGGGAGCUCUUUGACUGGGUGGCCGGAACCAGCACCGGCGGCAUCCUGGCCCUCGCCAUCGUCCACGGUAAAUCCAUGGAGUACCUGCUCUGCCUGUACUUCAGGAUGAAGGAGCAGGUUUUCAAAGGGUCGCGACCCUAUGAGUCGGCGCCGCUGGAGGACUUCCUGAAGAAAGAGUUUGGAGAGAACACCAAGAUGACGGACGUCUGUUACCCCAGGGUGAUGGUCACCAGCGUUCUGGCCGACCGACACCCAGGCGAGCUGCACAUCUUCAGGAACUACAACCGGCCCUCCGUCAGCAAAGAGCCGCCGUACGCCACCACCGCCACCUUCAAGCCCCUCACCGUCCCUCAAGGAUGGGAGGAUGAGGAUGUGUUGGUAGUAGGAUACUCAGAGGAGCCCCCCAGAAAGCGUAGGAAGGUGACCGAUGAAGAACAACUGGUGUGGCGAGCCGCCCGCUCCAGUGGCGCCGCCCCCUCCUACUUCCGACCAAUGGGCCGCUUCCUGGACGGAGGGCUGCUGGCCAACAACCCGACGCUGGACGCCAUGACGGAGGUCCAUCAGUACAACAAAGCUCUGAGGGCACAGGGCCACGGAAACCAGGUCAAGAGGUUGGGGGUCGUGGUCUCCCUCGGGACAGGUAAACCUCCUCAGGUGGUGGUGAGCUCCGUUGAUGUUUUCCGACCCUCCAACCCUUUGGAGCUGGCCAAGAGCUUCGUAGGAGCCAAGGAGCUGGGCAAGAUGCUGGUGGACUGUUGUACAGACUCUGAUGGCUGUGCGGUGGACAGAGCUGGAGCUUGGUGUGAGAUGAUUGACACCGUCUACCACAGGCUGAGUCCCCAGCUGUCUCAGGAGGUGAUGCUGGACGAGGUGAGUGACGCGGUCCUGGUGGACAUGCUGUGGGAGACGCAGAUGUACCUGUACGAGAGGAGGGAGACCCUCUGCUCGCUGGCCAAGCUGCUGCUGGACCAAUGAGAGCGCGGCAUGGGGGGGGGACCUGUGAAUCUGAGACGGGGAGACGAUCCAAUGACCUUCUAGCUCCCACAGCCCUUUGCCCUGACGGCGCCGGCUGAGCGCUAAUGCUAACCGUAGCAUUCCUCCCACUGAGGAUGAAAGGUCUCCUUACGGCCUCGUCUCCAACUGAAGACCAACCGCUUCCUGCACAAUGUGAACACGGGUUAUUGUCAUUCUUUUUGUAUUUGGGUUCAUCAUUGAUGUGUUCUAUGCUAAUAAACUAUAUUAAUAUGUU